UCGCCAAGUCAGACGCGUUGACUGGUGUCGCGUAACCGUCGUAGGUGUGAUCCCUGUAGUCUGUCCAAAUCUCUGUAUCCCAAGGGCUCAGCCCAGUUUAGCAUCUAUCGGUUCCGCUUCUGAUCCGGGCAAACGGACCGGGGGCGGUGCUACCAGUGCUUCACUGGUGAUCUAACCAACGGAAAAUAUUGUGCCGUCGGGCAACAGUUGCGAUAGGGUACCUGCAUAUAAUUCUAUAGAAACGAAAUGUUUACGCGAGAAUUGCCACAAUAUUGAGGGCGAGUAGUGAGAAAAAAGUGCUGGGUGUUAGUUUGACCUGAAGCUUUAUUCCUGUAAUUAUUGCACCUGGGAGCGAGGAAGCAAAGGCUGGAUUAUUCUUAGAUAUAAUAUAUAUUUACAUAGCUUCUGUGCGUUCGUUGCAAUAAAUGGUGAUACAUAGUGCUGUUACUUAGAAUUUCAACAUUGUGCUGGAAGUAUUGUAGUGUACAGUGCAAUAAUUUAUCUGGUGCUCCUCGCUUGGAAAGCAGUCAAAUGUCGCUUUUAGCAAGCUAUUAGAUAAAAUAUUUGGACUAACCUAUCGUGCUAACUUAUACACUAGUUAUUCUUACUACAUAAUUAAACCAGUAUAAAGUUAUCGUUACUACAAGCAUCUGUUUACAAAACAAAUUAAAAUAAAUUAAAGUCAGUGAAGUAUAGUAAAAUAGAUUGUUGAACAACACAGCAUCACGAUGGCCCAGUUCGUAACUCACAUCCAACCCACCAUGAUGGAAGCGUCACAAGGCCAUUUUCCGCACCAGCAUGGCCAUGGUAAACAGCACGCAUCACACUUGCCUCACAGUGGUCACAAUAUGCCAUCACCUCCGACUAACCAGCAUGCCCAUGGCCACGGUCAUCAUUCGACGCAGGCUCAAAGUGGACACAAUGGAAAAUCUUCCAAAGCCCAUCACUCCCAUCAGCCGAUGUCACCUAAAUCGGCCGAACAACAUCAUCACCAGCACAGUGGUAGUCAGGAGCAACGGCAACAGUACCAUCAGCAGUAUCAACACCAGAUGGCACAGCAUCAGCAGCAAGUGCAUCACCAUCAUCACCAGGAAAAGCCUCUGAAGCCCACACCAGGUGCGACGGGUGGAACGCACUAUGGACAGCACCACCAUCAUCAUCAUCACCAUCAUCAUACUGGUUCGUCUGACGGAAACACCUCGUUUCUACGCGCAGCUAGAGCAGGCAAUCUAGAAAAAGUUUUAGAGCAUCUUAAAAAUAAUAUUGACAUCAAUACUAGCAACGCGAAUGGCUUGAACGCGCUACACCUCGCAUCGAAGGAUGGCCACGUGUCCGUGGUUUCGGAGCUGUUGGCUCGGGGUGCGAUCGUGGAUGCGGCUACCAAAAAAGGUAAUACCGCACUGCACAUCGCUUCGCUAGCCGGUCAGGAGGAAGUAGUUAAACUGUUGAUCCAGAGCAAUGCUUCCGUUAACGUACAAUCGCAGAAUGGCUUCACGCCGCUGUACAUGGCAGCGCAGGAAAAUCAUGAUUCGGUAGUAAGACUGCUACUCUCCAACGGAGCCAACCAGAGUCUGGCUACCGAGGACGGAUUUACGCCUCUGGCCGUUGCGAUGCAGCAGGGUCAUGAUAAGGUGGUUGCGGUUUUACUAGAAAGUGACACCCGUGGGAAGGUUCGUUUGCCGGCUCUGCAUAUUGCUGCUAAAAAGGAUGAUGUUAAAGCAGCUACGCUCCUGCUAGAGAAUGACCAUAACCCGGACGUUACAUCCAAGUCCGGCUUUACGCCGCUACAUAUUGCCUCUCAUUACGGGAACGAAGCUAUGGCUAAUCUGUUGAUCCAGAAGGGUGCAGAUGUCAACUAUGCUGCCAAGCACAAUAUAAGUCCGCUGCAUGUAGCUGCCAAGUGGGGCAAGACCAAUAUGGUUGCCCUACUACUUGAGAAGGGGGCUAACAUUGAAAGCAAGACCCGUGAUGGUCUAACUCCACUGCACUGUGCCGCACGCUCCGGUCACGAACAAGUCGUUGAUAUGUUGCUAGAGCGGGGAGCUCCAAUCAGCGCUAAAACGAAGAACGGGCUCGCUCCGCUACAUAUGGCUGCCCAAGGUGAACACGUAGACGCGGCUCGCAUUCUACUGUAUCACCGUGCACCGGUCGACGAAGUGACUGUCGAUUACUUGACGGCACUGCAUGUGGCAGCCCACUGCGGACAUGUCCGUGUUGCGAAGCUUCUGCUGGACCGCAACGCCGACGCCAACGCACGGGCAUUGAACGGCUUCACUCCGCUGCAUAUUGCGUGCAAGAAGAACCGCAUCAAGGUCGUCGAGCUACUGCUGAAGCACGGAGCCAGCAUCAGCGCAACUACGGAAAGUGGUUUGACGCCGCUGCAUGUAGCGUCCUUCAUGGGCUGUAUGAACAUUGUCAUCUAUUUGCUGCAGCACGAUGCUAGUCCGGAUGUACCGACGGUUCGUGGCGAAACGCCGUUACAUCUGGCCGCCAGGGCUAAUCAGACCGACAUCAUUCGCAUCCUACUACGCAACGGUGCCCAAGUGGAUGCCAGGGCCCGAGAGCAGCAAACACCGCUGCACAUUGCAUCCCGACUCGGCAACGUGGACAUCGUGAUGCUACUGCUGCAGCACGGUGCCCAGGUGGACGCCGUCACCAAGGACAUGUACACCGCGUUGCACAUCGCCGCCAAGGAAGGCCAGGACGAGGUUGCCGGUGUCCUGUUGGAAAACGGUGCUCAAAUCGACGCCGCUACCAAGAAAGGCUUUACACCAUUGCACCUUACUGCCAAGUACGGGCACAUCAAGGUAGCCGAACUGCUACUGACCAAGAAUGCGCCGGUCGAUGCUCAGGGCAAGAACGGUGUAACACCAUUGCAUGUUGCUAGUCAUUACGAUCAUCAGAACGUUGCUCUGCUGCUACUGGAGAAAGGCGCCAGUCCUCAUGCAACUGCCAAGAACGGCCACACGCCACUGCAUAUUGCCGCUCGUAAAAAUCAAAUGAAUAUCGCUACCACAUUGUUAAAAUACGGUGCACAAGCCAACGCUGAAAGCAAGGCUGGUUUUACUCCAUUACAUCUAGCCUCGCAAGAAGGACAUCACGAAAUGUCCGCGCUGCUGCUCGAGAACAAAGCAAAUCCCGAUCAUCAGGCACGCAACGGGUUAACUCCCAUGCAUCUUUGUGCUCAGGAGGACCGCGUCAACGUAGCACAAGUUCUAGUCAAGCAUGGUGGUGAUACACAUGCUAUUACGAAGGCCGGAUACACACCAUUGCAUGUUGCGUCUCACUUUGGCCAGGCCAACAUGGUACGCUAUCUGCUGCAGCAGGGAGUAGACGUCAACGCUGCUACCAGUAUCGGGUAUUCACCGCUCCAUCAAGCUGCACAGCAGGGACAUUGUCAUAUUGUUAAUAUCUUGCUUGAGAAUCAGGCUGAUCCUAAUGCAGUAACUAAUAAUGGACAAACAUCACUUAAGAUCGCCCAGAAGUUGGGAUACAUUAGUGUACUCGACUCGCUGAAAUCAGUUACCGAUACAAAGACUACACCGGAUCAAACGCCAUCCGAAGAAAAAUACCGUGUUGUCGCUCCGGAAGCCAUGCACGAAACGUUCAUGUCCGAUUCGGAAGAAGAAGGAGGCGAAGACACCGUACUCUCCGAUCAACCGUACCGAUAUUUGACCGUAGAUGAGAUGAAGUCACUUGGUGAUGAUUCGCUACCGAUUGACGUCACCCGGGACGAACGUCAUGAUUCAAAUAGAAUGGUUCAAAGCAGCGAAUCACACCAAUUUCCGCCAACCGCCAUGGAGGACUCCAUCAGCCCUCAGCACGCUUCAAUGGUACAAUCGGGUAUUUCGGUCACCGAUUUCGCUGAUAACAUCAACAUCGAACGUCAGUCGCAUGUCGGAAAGCUACACUGGAAGAACUUCCUGGUAUCCUUCUUGGUGGACGCUCGUGGUGGAGCGAUGCGUGGAUGCCGCCACAGUGGAGUACGUAUUAUCGUCCCACCUCGUUCAGCUGCUCAACCGACGCGGAUCACUUGUCGCUAUGUGAAACCUCAGCGUACGAUGCAUCCACCCCCGCUGAUGGAGGGUGAGGCGCUGGCUAGUCGCGUACUGGAGUUAGGACCGGUUGGGGCUAAGUUUCUUGGCCCGGUCAUCAUGGAGGUACCGCACUUUGCUUCUCUUCGGGGCAAAGAACGCGAGAUCGUUAUUCUCCGAUCGGAUAAUGGAGAAACUUGGCGCGAACAUAACAUCGACAUGUCCGACGAAAUCGUUCACGAUGUGCUGAAUGAGUGCUUCGAGGCGGAAGAACUAGCCCAGUUGGAUGAGCUCGGCGGUGGCCGUAUCUGCCGCUUCGUUACCUACGACUUUCCGCAGUACUUCGCCGUGAUUUCACGCAUCCGCCAAGAGGUGCACGCCAUCGGACCCGAGGGUGGCAUGGUGUCCAGUACGGUGGUACCGCAGGUGCAGGCAGUAUUCCCGCAAGGUGCUCUCACCAAAAAGAUCAAAGUUGGGCUACAGGUAAAUUUGUUCAAACCCCGUAAAGGUGUUGCGCCCGAGAAACUGCGCAAAAUCAGCGUUAAUCAUGUACCGAAGAAGAAGCGCUUCUCGCUGAUCUGGUAAACUGUAUUAAGUAGUGAGUGAGGCGCAGAAUCAAACAAAUAGAUGCAACAAGGCAAUUCACAGAUCGAUGUUUGCGUUAGGUUUGGCUUUUGAUAGAAGUCGUAAAGGCUUCCAGGAUUAUUAGGUGUUUAUUUUUCGCCGAAUUUAGUUAGGCUGGUGCGCCGGAACGCGUCGAAAAUUGCAUGUUUGUAGAAUGUUUGAACCAGCUCUGAAUUUGCUUUUUUAUGAAAUAUUUAGUAAUCCAUUUUUGCUCAUUUGAAAACAAAAGUAUUUAGAAUAUUUUCUUAUUUUUAUGCUCAUUGAGGCAAUCGAUAUUAUAUAAUUAUCAAACAAUCGAAUCAAAUAAUAACGAGUUUAAAACGAGGCAUUAACCACUGAGAUUUUAGAAGUAAAAAUUGUUCCGUUCCUUCAAAUAACCUAUUAUAUACACAGAACAGAAUACGUUAAUAUCAAGGUAUAUGAACUGGAAUUCUAAACACGACGCGGUAUCUUUUGCUCUAUCAUCUAGACGAAGAAUAGAACCGCAUACAGACGACAGAAACGAUGAAAGGUUUAGUUAGAUUUGUCACCAAAUUUAACGAUAAAUUUACACCGUUCAACUGUCUUAUAAUCAAAUAAACAAUAACGUGCAAUUUAUUAUACGCAAUGCUAGGAGUAAUGGCAUACUAACCACAGCUACUAGUCGCAGGCUUUACACUAAUAGGACGACCAUACACACUAACAUAAGCAGUUUGGCAAGCAUGAAAUUCGUUCUAAAUAUCAAUGAUACUGAAUCUACAUAUAAACUACAGUUCAUUUUUGUUUUUCGUUGUUAAUAGAGAUUGUAAGUGGCAUUGAAACGUGUAACAACCAAUGUGCUAAGGCGCUAUAAAUUUAUUUCAAUGUUACCACAGAACAAACUUUCACCAUCGCAUACAGGUUGGCAUGCGUGAAUCAACCUUGUAUACAAGGUUGCACUCAAUAUCCGUAUAGCGUUUGCUGGCCGAUCGUAGUGCAAGCUAGUGGCUAGUUGGGACGGGCCCUGCGGAUAGAUGUUGUUCUCUUUCUUUUUUUUCUGUUCAUUGUAUCGUUUGUCUCGUAUAGUCUCCCUUUCUGUCUGACAUGUUUUAAAUGGACUGGCUGAAUUUUACAUUGACAGUUCCCCUGACUGCAUUUGACAUUAGGUUUUUUCGUAUCCAUCCGCUCGUCCCGUCCCAGGUGGCAAAACUUUUCAUCGUCUAUAUUGACAUUUUCAUCUACUCAAGAUCAAAAAAAUUUAACCAAUCUUUUGGAUGAUGUUAUUAUAUGCACAAGUAUCACGUCGCACAGUGGAAAAAAGGACCCAAAGCACGACUUUUUUGAAAAAGCUGGAUUACGUGUACCAGAAAAGGUGUGUUUCAAGUCUGAAAAAUUGAUUGCUAGUAUUUACAACGAUCGCACAGUGUAUUAUCAUGCCCGUUUUGCCCCAAUUCCCCUUUUCGUUUGAGUUAAUGUUCCACACUGAAUAUAUAAUUCGGAAGAAAGUUGAAUAUGGUUGACCAAAAUUAGCAUUCGUAAUGUAAAAAGUUCAUAGAAUCGGUUGAAGAUAAAUAGAAUAAUCUCACGAAACGUAUGUACACCUAUUUUACCUCAAUCCUUCGCACAUCUAAAGUUUGAAGUUAAUCCUUACUUUAUAUUUUGGUUAAAGGCUAUAUGCGGCUGAUCAAAAGUAGUAAUUCUUAUGUCUAAAAGUCCAGGUUAUCAUUUGAAUAUAGUUAAACUGACCGUCCAAAACGUGUGUACCCGUUUUACCACAAUUUCUCCCAUAACUCAAGUAUAAAGCUGAACCUGGCUCUACAUUUCAGAAAGAGUUUAAAUGCGGCUGAUCAAAAAUAGUAUUUCUUAUGAAAAAACUCUGGGGAAUCGAUUGGAGAUAGUUAGAAUGACCGAACGAAACGUGUGUACCUGUUUUACCCCAACUCUUCCCCUAUCUCAAGUGUAAAGUUAAAAUUGGUUGUGCGUCUCAGAAAGAGGUUAAAUGUGGCUGAUUAUUAUGUUGAAAAAUCCGGAGGAACGAUUGAAGAUAUUGACCGCAUGAAACGUUUGUAUCCGUUUUACACCAUUUCUUCAUAUAAUACAAGUGUGGAGAAAUACCUUAUAUCAGCUUUAUAUUUGCUCUAUAAUGGCAUUAAAUGCUCAUGCAAAGCAUACCUUGAAGCAAGUGCGCGUUAUUUCAGCAAGUGCGCGUUAUUUCAGCUUUAAAUACGUAUACAAAGCAAGCGAUACUGCUGUAUUUCGGCUGUACAUGUAUGAAUUUAUGGUGCUAAUGUAGAGCUUGACAGCAUUGUUAGUGCUAUAAUGGGGUUUCAAUGCAACAUUAGUGCAAUGGCUUAAUGCUUAUGGUUACUUGGGUACAGCCAGCAAGUGCGGGUUCUGUCCCGAAGUCGACGGCCUCAUUCAGGUUCUCUGUUGUGCAUAACUAUAGCUGGUGUCUCUUCCGACGAUCACACUAUAUGUCCAAUCCACUGAACCUGUCUUGUUUGAUUAGCUUUCCGAUGUCAGCAUGUUUGUAUGCGUCGGCGUUAUUAUUAAACAUAGAAUUCUUGUCUCAAACAGACCAAGCAAUCGACAGGCUGCUUUCCUCAACUCAAUGCCCAUUCCUAACGGUAGUACAGAGCAACAGAAAGUAUCAGUGAUUUGUAUAGAGCCAGUUUUGUAUGCGUCUGUCGGCUACGGAACUUUAGCUGACUACGCGUUCCAGAGUUUCAAGACAUGUGAAAUCGUCGACAACCUACCGGAACCAGCAACGUUGAGACUACUUCACUCUCUACCAGCUAACAUGUACUUUUUCUUGUAGUAGUUUAUAGUCAGUCCUAUUCUCGUAACUUAGAAUUCAACAAGUACAAAUACCUCUUCCUCUGCUCUACGAUCAACGUCAAUGCGGUCGGUAUCGUCCGGGAAUCCAAGAAGCUGGUAAGAUCCCGGUUCUGUUCCUCAACACAGAUCUUCCUAUCGGAACUUCGAGCACUAUGUUGAACAAUAAAAUAGAAAGAAAUUCGCUUUGCUUCAAUCAAUCUAACCUCACAAGCGAGUCGGAUGUCUCUUAGGCAAUUUUGUCGCUUGAAUUUGAAUUCGUUUGUAACUCCUUGGAUCCCCUCGAAGAGACACUGGAAUGCCCAACUCUCUAAAAAAAUCAUAAAUAAUCUCAAUGGCCCACCAAUACACCAAAUUAUGGUUUUAUAUGGAAACAAGUGGACCAUGGCGCACCGCACCGCAACUAACCCAGCUUUCCACAGCCAUUAAGUGCUAUUCCAGAUUCGUCAUUUUCUAUUGUGUCUCCAAGUAACGAGAGUAGAAUAAUUCUCUUAAAUAUGCCGACCAUUCAAUAGGUUACUUCUCAAACAUCCAUGCUUAAUGGACGUACAGAGAAACAGGGAGCAUCAGCGAUUUGUAUUCCACAAAUUUUGCUUUUUCUCUCCAUAUAACCACUCCACUCCUCUCUCGAGAGAAUCUUCCUGUCAGGAAAACUACAUAUGAACGUGAUAUCGCUAGAAGAAAGAAUUUCAUUAUCCCAUACAAUAAUUUGUGACAAAAGAUUAUUGUUCCAGAAACCAGUAACCUGCAAUCUGUAUGCCUUUGGUUUAAGAUGUAUCUGUUAUUUAGCAGCACCUCAAGAGUCGCUGUCAGAGUUGUCGUGAAUCUACCAGUCAAUGCCAUAAGGGGCAUUCUUUGCAGAUGCUUGGCCUUUAACUGGAUUGUUAUCAUCCCCCUUCGGCUACCACACAUGACAUAUGCAAGAAAAUAUUGAACAUACAAUUGCCGUAUAAGAUCAAUAGAUGUAUUUGGGUUUAAUACCCCAAGUUAUUCUGAAAGUUAGUUUGCACUGCCCGUCGGCCAUACACGCUUUAUUGACGCUGAACUCAAGGUGAGCGGACCAAUUCAGCUUGGAAUCAUAUAAUUCCAACGUACUGUAUCAGAGGUAGAUAAUGCACUUUGCAAACCUGGUGUGUAAUUACCAAGACUACAAAAACGGAACCAAAGAAGUUUAUUCGCGAUCCUUUGUAUUUCUUCGCAGCUUCCACUGGUUCCAUAACAUGUGAGACUUUUGGAGACAUUUUAACGAAGUAGUUCCACACAAAUACCGAGCAAAUUAGUGAAAUGUACAUGCGAUUUUGACUGCAACUUCUAAUUGCGUAAGCAAAAAGAUAUACAAUAUGUUUUUUCUACUGUUGUAUAGAGGUACUAGAGGAAAAGAAGCGUAACAGCAGUGAAAUUUCACGUUCUAUUUAAUCAGUAUGUAAAUAUUUCUUCAAAAAUGCCCACAAUAUUUGAUACACCGGAUUGACUGAAACAUGCAGUGCUUAACAAGCAAAAUUUUGCAAACUAAAAAGCCAAACGAUUUCAGUUACUAUGUUCAAUAAUUUCAAAACGUCAAUGCUACAACAAUCUCUAUCGGCGAAAACGCGAUUCUAUCACAUUAUUAUCUUAAACUAUUAACAAGUGAACCCAAUGCUAAGGUCUAUUUUGAACUGUGGUUUUGUUUCGAAUUUCAUACAUUUCAUUCAAUUUAUAGUACAUAACCAUAAUACACAUACACGCAAAAAGAUAGUUGCAUGCACGCGCCUGAAAAUUCUCAAAAAUAUAAUACUAGAGGACGAAGUAUUAUGAACAAUGCCAAAGCUCUACCGGGAAAACGAUCUUUUGAUCUCAUAACGAUGCAUUACAUUGAAAAAUAUUAGAUCUCAUCUAUCAGCUUCGUUCAAAAUGCAAAAUACAAUAAACAAAAAUUGAAUGAAUAAUAAACAACUACGAAAAGACAUUACUAUAACUAUAAUCAAAUCUUUGCAAAUGCAAUUAUGGCAAUUGAAGUUGAAACAACAAUACUCACUUAACAUUAUUGAUUGCUAACUGACUCUAGAGAGUGCCCAAUAAAUUUAGUUCUUUUGAAUAAAA